AUGAUCAUUCUAGAAGAUAACGAUUCUUCGGUAGAGGUGAUACACUCAUCUUUGCAGACUCCAGAGAAGAAGUACCCCAGAGACGAGUGUGCAAUUCUAUACAAACUAAUAUUAGAUACUUCACCCUUGGAGAAGUUAAUAGAGUCUAGCGUUGAACAUCAUCUGGAUAAACAGGACAUCCCCGUGGAUAUAGACUACGAGCUCAUAAUUGAGAACCAACGUGGUCUUACGCUGUUCGGGUUCCCGUUGUUUGCUCCAAAGUUCUUCCCAUGGGAUCCUCCACAGUAUGUAACUCCUAAGAACGUCCAAGUCCAUGGACUGGUGCUAUACCCUUUACCAACUGAACAGUGGCACUGGAUAUGGGAUAAGUGGCAUGUGACAAUGCUUGGAGAUGUGGACGACCAAGGGUGGAAGUAUGCUUGGAAUUUCAACAGUAAGGCAUGGAGAGGUCGAACGUUCUUAGGAUGCGUAAGGAGAAGAGUAUGGAUGAGACUACGGGAAAGACCCUCUCUCUAG